AUGGGUUUACAUGCCCGGGGAGAUCUCCUCGUCGCAAGAAGUCACUCAUCAACAGCCACUUUCCUUUUCACUUUACUCUUGUUGAUACACCGAGUCUCGGCUCAGCUCACUGACAUUUGCGAUCCAUAUAUUUUUUGUUUUGGACCCAAUCAAUGCAAUGAGGGUUUCGAGUGCAACUUGUUGACGAAUCAAUGCUGUGUCUUCCUCACAACGACGACAACAACGACGACAACGACGACUACAACAACAACAACUACAACCACAACAACAACAACAACGACUACGACAACAACCGCUGCCUGCGUCGAUAAAGCAUCUAUAAAUGGUAUAUCGGAUUGCGCAAGAAGAGCUUUUCUCUGCAAUAGCGCUGAAUACUUUGCGGUGAUGACAGAGGAAUGUGCGGCGACUUGUGGCAGAUGCUCAGCAACUUGCGUGGACAAUGGAUCGAAUUGCCUCUCGCAGCUCGCUUUAUGCAAUCUUCCCCAAUACUACAGUGUCAUGUUGGCGAAUUGUGCGCUGACUUGUGGCCUUUGUUCGUCACUUUUAGCAUCGAGUACAACCUGUGUCGAUCAGGGUAGCGGAUGUGCCGAGCGUUCCUAUCUAUGUUUUGAGAACGGUUAUCGUACCCUGAUGGAGCUUGAAUGUCCAUUGACAUGUGGAUACUGUAGUGUGGCCACGGACAACUUUGCUCUCCAAGCAGCCUUGCAAGCUCAAUUAUCAGCUGCUCAAGUGGUUUAUGAGUUGCCGUCGGCUUCAGUGCUGAAUGCGGUGAGCAACGCAAUCUCGUCAGGAGCCGUUCAAAACGCCAUCAAUGCUGCAAAUGCGAUCAAGAAUGGGCAGCUCAAGAUCCCGACAGUGCGUACGGGCACUCUCGUAACGACAAAGACGGAUGAUGGAGACACUUUCUAUCAGGUGAAUUGUAAUGGAAAACGAUGUAAACCGACGAAGAAAGUGCACAAGGGACAUGGCUCUUCGGAAAUUCUGCACCUUGGUGGCCCGCCUGAAGAGCUGAAAGCACCGGAUUUCAGGAACAGUGCACCGGAUUUUGGCAAUCAAAUCCCGGCUUUCUCUCCGGAGAAACCCUUCAACCAUCAAAUCCUUUCCAUCCCCGCAAUGCCCCCGAUUCCACCUGUGUCAACUGGCCAAAACCCGUUCAUGUCAGUGACACCAGCUGGUCAAGUCCCCGAUGAGGUGAAUCAUCAAACUUUUCUUCAAUAUUUCAUUAGGCACUUAAACGUACCAAAAGUGGCUCCACACAUGCCGAUGCCGGCUGCAAUUCCAUUCUCGGGAAUGAUGCCCAUUCCUGCAAUCACCCAAUCUGCUCAAUCACCGAUAAGCCAACAGGAGCUCAAUCCGAUCUCGAAUUUGGCUAUGUCUUUCCCCGGCCCGCCUCGCCUUCCACUUGAUGUGGCUUUCACCAAUCCGAAGAAGGGACCAAAUGAAGUCGAUAUUAGUCAGGCCCUUCAAACGCUUUCUCUGAACCCGUUGCUCACAUUGUCGCAACUCUUGGUGGGCGUCGGGCAAAACAUGCAGAAAUUGCAACAAGGUGCACCUGGCCCUCCACCACCACAUUUCUCUAUGAACAGCCCACUCUUUGUGCCAAGAAGAACUCGAAAUUUGAAUAUGAAUGAUGAUAAGAUCAGUGACAAGAGUCGAGAAGUGCUAAAAUCGAAAAUGGAAUCGAUGAGAGAUUUCUUUGCUGGAAGCGAUUCACUCAAGAAAUUAAGUGGUUUUUUGACGAAAGCUACUGGCACAUAUUUCAACUCGACCCUCACAAAACCCGAUCGGAUUACGCUUUUGCCAAACGAGAAACUUGAAGCUAGUUUGUUGAGUGAGCCAGUGCUGAAGAGAGAGAAACGAAGAAGGGAAGAGAAGAACUCAACAAAUCCCGAUGAGAGUUUAGAUAAAAAGAAGAAGCAAAGAGCAAAGAAAAGAUACGAGGACACUCUUCUUUUCUUCAACGAUGCUGUCAACAAACAAACUCUUGUGACACCAAAUAUUGAC